AUGUUGAAUUUCUCAGCUUGUCAAUUCGUUCGACGAACGACAAUCUAUUUGCAGUAAACUUGAAAAAUUUGAAGAUUUAAGAGGAGUGUCCAUUUUGUUUCAAAUAAUAGAAAUUAUCGCUGAUACUAUGUCUGAAUCAAUUUUCGAUAUAUUUGGAGAUCUCACUAGACAAACCACAAGAAAUACACCCCGACAACCACUAUUCAACACCGAGAAUAUUGGCAAAACAGUUUCAUCAGGUCCUUACAAACCAAAUGAACCUGUUAAAAAGAAUCUUGAGUCAAAAAAGUCAUUUUUAUGCAAUACUGGUAAAGCAUUUCAAAGCACUCCAGUACGGAAAGUCUUUACUCCUGGAACAGUUAAUGUGGGAUCUGUAAUAUAUAACGACGAAAAAGAUGGAUACAAUUUGGAAGACAUUGAGUUCACUAAACCAUCAUAUAAAUAUGAUAAUUACAACAAGGAUAUGUUUGAUUUUCUGCUGAUGCCGGAAGUACAAGUUCCAUGCAGUGCUUCACCACCAAAUACUCCUCCACCAGCAAUCAAAAGACCCAGUGCCGAGUUCAUCUGUUCUUACCAGGAUGAGUUCUUUGAUGAUGAUAUCUCAUUUGACUCUAUCCCAGAAGAAGAGUUGGGGCUACCAGAUAUUUUUUAAGCAUUAAUAAUUAUACUUGGUAUCUGCUAUCUCUGACCCAUGCAUUUUUAAGAAAUGUAAUUAGUGUAACAUUGCAGCUAAACAGAAAUUUUGUGAUGUAAGUGGUCCUUUGAUUAGUAUGAAAGCUAUAAAUUUCUAGCUUACUGAUGAUUAAUCUGCACAAAAUCAGGACGGGAUAGAACCUUGUGAACAGUUCCUAGCAAAUUAGUAUUAGAAAGCUUGUUACACCAAAGCUAGCUAGUAGCCCGACUAAAUUGUACAUGAUUGAUUCAAUUCAACUGAACAUUCAGACCACCAAUGAACAGGAGAUGAAUAUCAAAUAGAAGAUUUUAUUUCUCCCAAUAUCUUAUCUUAAAAUAUAUAUAAUGCUUACCAGUUAUUUUCAAAAACAUUAUCGUACAUUUUAGAUAUUCAAUUGUAAACUAAUUUAGAGUUUUACAGUAAUUAUUUAUAUGUACUGUAAAACAUUGAUGGUUAUUAUAUUCUUGUAAUUAGUGAGAUAUUUAAUAAAGUAUAAUUUCAUUAGCUUAUAUUUUAGUAUAAGGUGAGUAGUUCAUUUGCUAAUCUUGAAAUUUUGUACAAGAAGCCUUCUUGUUAUUGAUUAUUCUUGUAUGUAUCUUAUUUUUAUUUAAUACUUUUUACUGUUAAGAAAAAUAAUUAAAAACCUAGUACAUACACA